AUGGACCAAGCUGCCAAGCUUCCCUCCACCUCGCAACUAGGCGAUGCCCAUCGCCUGUGCACCUGUGGAAAUAAAAUCUCGAGCAUGGACACACACCAGGUCUGCUCUGCGUGUCUCGGGCAGGAACAUGCCCACGCCGCUAUCAGCAACGCGGGCUCGUGCGCCGACUGCGCCCGCUUCACAGCGAAGAGUCUCCGCCGACGACUAGCACGCCAAGCUAGCCUCUCUGAGAGGGACCCGAUCCUUUCCAGUGCCACUACCGAGGAACCCCAACCCGGUGUGGACGAGGAGGACACUCCCGAACCAGAGAUUCGGCGCUGGGGCUCCACGCUGGAUUUGCUGAACCCGCUAACGGAGCCACCCCUCAUGUUGGAUUACGAUGAGGAGGAUGAGUCCGACGGCGAGGAUUGUCUGGUGUCGGACGGUGACGACGAGGAUUAUGAAUCCUCCUUCGUUCCAACUGCACAGGCUCUCAGCUCUCCAAGCCCGGCAAAGGGCUCGGGUGAGGCAAUUACGCCCCAGCCUAGCGGCGAUAUGCACGAUGUGUGUAAACGUGCCGCGGAGAGACUGCAGAUUCCAUGGUCUGCGGUCGUGGCAGAGGCCCCAAGGUCCCACUACGAGGGGAAGAAAUUACCCGGGCUAAAGCUAAAAGGGCUGCGAGACAGCCCGGUGUUCCCGGAGCUCCUGGACGAAGUUACCACCUCAUGGAAGCAAAACCCUUACUCCAGCAAAACCACCAUUCAAGGUGCGUCUUCCCUGGAUGUUGAAGGGAUGGACAAGCAUGCCAUGGCCCGCAUGCCGCCCAUGGAGCCCCUGGUGGCAGCUCACCUUCAUCCACGGCUGUCAGCUGCCUCAUCCAGGGCCCACACCCUCCCCACAAAAGCCGAUCGCUUCCAAUCCGCCAUGACUGAGCGAGCUUAUAAAGCGGCGGCUUUGACAGUGAGGGCUCUCAACGUCACCUCCAUGUUGUCAGCUUACCAAGCGGAGCUUUUUGACGACAUAGCCGACGUGCCCGAAUGUUCCGCGUGGGACGAGAUCACCACAAUUGCGGAUAUCUGCCUACGUGUCCAGCGGUGCGCUGUACAGGCGGCGGGGAAGUGCAUGUUGAUGUUGGUGUUACAAGAGAGGACAAGAUGGCUGAAUCUGACCAAUCUGUCCGAUAGAGAAAAGGAGGACAUCCUGGACAUGCCUAUUGUCCCCGAGGGCGUCUUUGGCUCCGCUCUCGCCUCAAUGCAAAAGCGCUGCGAGGCGAAGAAAAAGGAGGAUGAGGCUCUACAGCUCUGCCUUCCGAGGAAAACACCUGCUGCGGCGCAACCGCCCCCCCGGCAGACUUUCGCUCAGGUUGCCUCUAGGAGUGCCCCCCCUGCUUUCCGCAUCCCGAAGCGCCCCAGGGCUCAGUUACCGGGUGCGAGCACCAACGAAAUUACCCAGUGCCACCCCUCCCUCUCGGCGACGCGUGGGCCCGGAGCUCAGUUCGUGCGUCCCAGUCAAGAGGCGAAGAGACAUGGUUCAGAUGAAAUAUCUGAGGUUCGCUUUUCAGGACACAGUGUACGAGUACCUAGUACUCCCAUUUGGCCUGUCACUGAGCCCGAGGGUGUUUGUGAAAUGUGUCGAUGCCGCUAUAGCCCCCCUCAGGGAGCGGGGUAUACGCUUGGCCACUAUCUGGACGACUGGCUGCUGCUGGCGCGCUCAGAGCAAGAGGCUGCGGCGCACACAGGCAUUGUGCUGACACACCUGGCCGAUCAGGGUUUUGUGGUGAACAGGGACAAGAGCGUGUUAACACCGAGACAGGACAUUUCUGGAACUGCAACCUACCUGGAGUGCCCAGAAGUACAAGGUGUUCAGUGCUCAGAGACAUGGCCAAGAUGGAUGGGCCCGUGGCUGGAGCUCCACUUCAACUCAGACACCAGCAAGGUGGAGGUGGGAAACAUUGAUGAAGAAAAAGAAACCCGCAACCUGGGAGAUGAAGACUCUCCAACCACACAGGCUGAAGAGGAAAUGAAGACGCAUUUCGAAAACCAUACGGAGAGGGUGCGUCAGAAUCUUCUAUCGCCCAGGCAACCUACUAACAUUGCAACCUGGAACAUCAGGACCAUGUACACAGCAGGAAAGACGUAAGUCAUAGCAAGUGAGAUGAAGAGAUUCAAGAUCUCUAUCCUCGGUUUGUGCGAAACCAGAUGGCUCCAGACGGGAGAGGUGACACUGGCCAGUGGCGAGUCCAUACUCUAUUCUGGACACCCAGAUGAUAAAGCACCACACACAGAGGGAGUGGCUUUUAUGCUCUCCAAAAAAGCACAGAGGGCCCUCAUCAGCUGGGAGCCCAUUAAUUCCAGGUUAAUUACUGCAAGAUUCCAAACUACCCAUAAAAGAAUCAACCUCCAACUCAUACAGUGUUAUGCACCCACCAACAACACUGAGGAGGAAACAAAGGACAUUUUCUAUAACCAACUACAACAGCUACUCCAGGCCAGGAAAGAAAAAGACAUCACUCUACUUAUGGGCGACAUGAACGCAAAGGUGGGAAACAACAACAGUGGAUACCAACUGGUAAUGGGGAAACAUGACAUCGGCUGCAUGAACGAAAACGGUGAGAGAUUUGCAGACAUCUGUCAUUACAAUCUGGUCAUAGGUGGGACAGUCUCCCAUAAACCCAUCCACAAAGCCACCUGGAUGUCACCUGACCACACUACCGAAAACCAAAUCGACCACAUAUGUAUAAACAGGAAGUUCAGGCACUCUCUCCUAGAUGUCCGUGUGAAGAGGGGGGCAGACGCUGGGUCAGAUCACCACCUACUGGCUGCAAAACUCCAGGUCAAGCUGAAGCAAUGCAACAACCGCAUCAACACAAGAACAAAGUUCAACAUCCAGCUCUUCCAGGACAUAGGAACAACUGAACUGUACCAGACCACCUUACAGAACAGGUUCCAAGCCCUGCAAGAAGAAGAGCACAAAUCAGUGGAAGAGCACUGGAACAACCUGAAAAACAUAUGGAAGGAGGCAUGCCUAGAAGUAGUGGGGAGAAAAACAAAAAAACAUAAACCUUGGUUAUCAACAAACACACUGAAGAAAAUUGAAGAAAGGAGGCAAAAAAAAGACACACUAAACAAAAGCAAAACCCGAGCAAAAAAGGCAGCAGCUCACAAAGAAUAUGAAACAGCAAAUAAAGAGGUGAAGAAAAGUGCAAAACGUGACAAGCGGAACUACAUCGAGAAUUUGGCAGAGGAAGCAGAGGAAGCAGCUGGAAAAAACAACCUCAAAGAACUCUACAUGACCACCAAGAAACUAGCUGGAAAGUUUAGGCAGACAAACACGCAGAUCAGGGACAAACAGGGACGACUCCUCACCACCAAGGAAGAACAACAUCAAAGGUGGACAGACCACUUUAGGGAGCUGCUCAACAGACAGCCCCCUGCCCAAAAGGUAGAGAUCCCACCAGCCACGCACACGCUUGACAUCCACUGUGCACCCCCCCCCCCAACAAGAUCUGAGGUGAGGAAGGCCAUCAAGGCAUUGCGACGUGGCAAAGCAGCAGGGCCAGAUGACAUUCCAUCAGAGGCUCUACAAGCGGAUCUCGACACCUCAACCACCAUGCUCCACCAGCUAAUAAAGACCAUAUGGAUUGAAGAAGGAAACAUACCAACAGACUGGAAGGACGGGCUCAUUUCUGUCAUACUAAAGAAAGGAAACCUCAGGGAUUGCAACAGCUACCGAGGGAUCAUGUUGCUAUCAACACCAGGCAAAGUGUUCAGCCGCAUCAUCUUGGAGAGACUGCGUAAGGGGGUUGAUGAUGAACUGAGAGAAAACCAAGCUGGUUUCAGGAAUGAAAGAUCAUGCAGCGACCAAAUUGCUAGCCUCAGGAUCAUUAUUGAGCAGUCCAUAGAAUGGCAAACACCUGUUUAUGUGAAUUUCAUAGACUUUGAAAAGGCAUUUGACAGUGUAGACCGUGAAAUGCUAUGGAAACUCAUGGCACACUGUGGAAUCCCCCCAAAGUAUAUCAACAUCAUUAAGAACAUGUACUGGGACAUGCAAUGCAACGUACUCUUCCAGGGAUGCGCACAAGAAAAAUUCAAAGUGCUCACCGGCGUGAAACAGGGCUGCCUGCUUUCCCCUUUCCUCUUCCUUCUGUGCAUUGACUGGAUCAUGGUACAAUCAACCCACAAUAAAAGGACUGGCAUCCAGUGGAGUCUGACAGAACAUCUGGAGGACCUUGACUUUGCGGAUGACAUUGCACUACUCUCCCAUAGCCACCAACAGAUGCAGGACGAAUCCAAACUGCUAGGAAAAACUGCAGCUGGACUUGGACUCAAAAUAAGUGGACCAAAAACCAAAGUAAUGCGGAUAAACACCAAGAACAUGGACCCAAUAACCAUCGGGGACCAGACGCUGGAAGAUGUUGACAAAUUCACCUACCUGGGAAGUGUGAUAGCUGUUGAUGGUGGGACAGAGGAGGACGUGAAGACAAGAAUUGGGAAAGCAAGAACAACAUUCAACAUCUUAAACAAAAUUUGGAAAAGUAAAAAAAUCUCCGUCAAGACGAAGCUCCAAAUCUUCAACUCCAACGUUAAAACCGUGCUGCUCUAUGGCUCCGAAACCUGGAGAACCACCACUAACAUCACGAACAAACUGCAAACCUUCAUAAACCACUGCCUAAGACGCAUCCUUGGAGUCUUCUGGCCAAACACAAUUAGCAACAUCAACCUGUGGGAAUGCACAAAGCAAGAAACAGUAGAUAUACAGCUGUUAAGGAGAAAAUGGAGCUGGAUUGGACACACACUACGAAGAAACACAACAGCAAUAACAAAACAGGCACUGACAUGGAACCCACAAGGCAAACGGGGUAGAGGACGACCCAAAAACACCUGGAGAAGGAGCACAGAGCAGGAAUUCAAGAAGAAGGGGCUGACGUGGAAACAGCUGGAGAGGAUGGCUCAAGACAGACGAGGGUGGAAACAAUUCAUCAAUGGCCUAUGUUCCGAAAGGAAUAUAAAGGCCAAAUAG